UCCUCCAUCUUUCACUGCACUCUGCUGGCAAUUGGGCCUCCUCCUGCUCCUCCCUCAACACCUCCCUGGGUCUGCCUCCAGGCUCCAAUCCAGUUUGGGACUGCCUCAUAAGUAUCCCCAGACCUGGGUUUGCGUUAGCGAUAGGCAGACUUGGGGGAGGGGAGGCGAGGAGUAAGUGCUGCUUGGGCUAGCGUGAUCUCUGCUUCUUCCAACCUGUAGCCCCAGGGACGUUGAACUGAGCUGCGCCUUACCGCUCAGCCUGAAGAUUCACCAUGGUGAAAAUCUUUUUCAGUACUCCCACUGCGGUGCAAAAGGAGGAGGCACAACAAGACGUGGAGGCCCGAGUGAGCUGCACCAUGGAAGCUCAGAUCCUGACCCGCAAGGAGCUCCGAGUUGCCACCCAGGAAAAAGAGGGCUCCUCUGGGGCAUGCAUGCUUACUCUCUUAGGCCUUUCAUUCAUCUUGGCAGGACUGAUUGUUGGUGGAGCCUGCAUUUUCAAGUACUUCAUGCCCAAGAGUACCAUCUACUAUGGAGAAAUGUGUUUCUUUGAUUCUGAGGACCCUGCAAAUUCCCUUCAUGGAGGAGAACCUUACUUCUUACCUGUGACAGAGGAGGCUGACAUUUGUCAGGAUGACAACAUCACAAUCAUUGAUGUGCCUGUCCCCAGUUUCUCUGAUAGUGACCCUGCAGCAAUUAUUCAUGACUUUGAAAAGGGAAUGACUGCUUACCUGGACUUACUGCUAGGCAACUGUUAUCUGAUGCCACUCAAUACCUCCAUUGUUAUGCCUCCAAAGAAUCUGAUGGAGCUCUUUGAAAAACUGGCGAGUGGCAAACACCUGCCUCACACUUAUGUGGUCCGUGAGGACCUGGUUGCUGUGGAGGAAAUCCCUGACAUUAGUAAUCUUGGCAUCUUUAUUUACCAACUUUGCAACAACAGAAAAUCCUUCCGUCUUUGCAGCAGAGACCUCCUGCUGGGUUUCAACAAACGUGCCAUUGAUAAGUGCUGGAAGAUUAGACACUUCCCCAAUGAAUUUAUUGUGGAGACCAAGAUCUGUCAAGAGUGAGAGGCAACUGAUAAGAGUAUCCUUGGUCAUAAGAAGUCAGAGAUUUACACUAUGACUUCAUCAUUAAAGC